CCGCGGUUCUUAACGAUUUACAAAAGGCAUGGGGAAGGACGUUUCAGGGGUGGACGGUGGGAGCCACGUGCGACCGCGCUCAAGGACUGGAAGGCGUCUCCUGCGACGAUUCGGGCAUGAUCACAGACAUUGAUCUCCGGGGUAGCUCCUUGGUGGGAUCCAUUCCCGACAGCAUCUCCUUGCUCACUCGCCUCUCCGUUCUAACUUUGUUUGAUAAUAAUCUUAACGGGUCCUUCCCCGCUGGGUUGAGAAACAUGAUUUCAUUGCAAGACAUAGAUCUUUCAACCAACCAGCUUACAGGGUCUGUUCCAGCCUUUAUUCAGAAUCUCUCUCUCCUCUCUUCACUAUCUCUCGCCAGAAACUCUUUCCCCGGCUCCAUUCCCGACAGCCUCUCCUCCCUCGCUCAGCUCAACUCUCUAGAGCUACAAGACAAUAACCUUAGCGGAUCUAUUCCUCUUGGGCUUGGAAAAAUGACUUCACUGAGUAGUCUGUGA